GCACAAACACACACACACACACACAGAGUAGAGGAACCGUCAUUUUCCUACGUGCCCUCUGACAUCAGCCACCUUCUCCGUGGUGACAGUUUCUCUGCACUCAAAUCAAUCCCUGGCAGUGAAAAAUGAACCUCUCCCCCACCCGAGCCGCAGCCCGUUGCCUCACGCCCCCAGAGCAGAGUUUCUCCACGAGGCAGCCGGUGAAGGUUUUUUUCCAAGUCACAUGAUCCAGGAUGCAGGGGGAGAAUCCUUCUUGGAACCGAGAUGAGCCCAGAACCGGAUCAGAUGAGGAGAGAUAAGGUGUGAUGUGGGGAAGACUAUAUAAAGAAUGGACCCCGGGCCGCGGCAAGCACUCAGCCAAGGGGCCCCUCCUCGGGACGCAGCCAUGCACGAGCCUGCGGGCUCCGUGGCCGGCCACCUGGGCGCCGCGAGCCGCCGCUACUUCUACUUCACCACGGCCAUGCUGGCGCUGUGUCUCGUCCUCACGGCGACAACCAUUAUGGUGCUGACGGUUCGGAGGACGGACACCAUUCCCAACCCACCCGACAACUUCCCCCUUAAAGGAGGAAAUUGCUCAGAGGACCUCUUCUGUAUCCUGAAAAGGGCUCCAUUCAAGAAGUCAUGGGCCUACCUCCAAGUGUCAAAGCAUCUAAACCAAACCAAGUUGUCCUGGAACAAAGAUGGGAUUAUCCACGGAGUCAGAUAUCAAGAUGGGGAUCUUGUGAUCCAGUUCCCAGGUUGGUACUUCAUCAUUUGCCAACUGCAGUUUCUCGUGCAGUGCCCUAAUCAUUCCGUCGACCUCAAGUUGGAGCUUCUCAUCAACAGCGAGGCCAAAAAGCAGGCCGUGGUGACAGUGUGCGAGUCUGAAGUGCAAACCAAAAACAUAUACCAGAAUCUCUCCCAAUUCCUGCUGGAUUACCUGCAGGUCAACACCACCAUAUCAGUCAAGGUGGAUAAAUUCCACUAUGUGGACACAGACACCUUUCCCCUUGAGAAUGUAUUGUCCAUCUUCUUAUACAGUAGUUUGGACUGAACAGUUUCUCUUGGGCUUCAGGAAGAAAACACCUCUCUAUAAUACAGUAUUUCAUCCAUCCAAACACUUCGGCAAAAAGAAAACUUUAGAUCAAGACUGAAACCACAAAGGGUAUUAAAUAGUAUACUUCUUCUGUCUCUUGGAAAGAUAGUAUACUUCUCCUCUGUCUCUUUUUAACUCCAGGGUUAAAAAGAGAGUUUUGACUGAAGUUAUCUUUCAGAUAGAGGGCAGGGAAGCAAUGUAAUAUGGUAGAGAGAGCCCCAGAGGGGACGCAGAAGGAAGGGAUGGAUGUAUGCCCCAGCCCAACCACUAAUUCACUGUAGGAUCUUAAUUCAUUUCUUCUGUUUUGAGAGCUCCCAGCUAAAUUGGGGCUCCAGUCCCAGAGCGGCUAGCAACCCUUCCCUAAGAGGAGAUGAAGAGGAGCAGGGUGUGGGUAUUCAUAGGGUACUUCUUUUAUCUGGUGGACGGCCUAAUUCCUGGCUGUCCAACCCCAGACCAGGGAGUCCCUCACGCAGGAAACUUGUUUGUACUGGCAGAUGCCCUUGUGGCUGUUGUCUAACCUGUGCCCAGUUCAUUCCUGCCCAACCAUCGCUCUGGUACUGGGAGCCUGCCCUUUUGUCCCCCACCCCAACCCUUUGUAUCAUCGGAGAAAACCCAGCCUGGGGCAGUCCCUGGUCCUUCCGAUGGAAGGCACAAAUUCAAUACUCCACCUCAGUGGAAAAAAUUUCAAAGAUCUAUUACAUAUUGUGACCUCCUUCCCCGGGUCACACAAGGCAGGAAUGAAGAGUCAGGCAGAGAGACAGUGAGACAACUAGCAGCACAUUUAAGGAUGUAGGAUGUGAGUCACUCUAAGUUUGCAGGCAAAUGCCUGAAUGGUCCAUUUAAAGGAAGCCACAGGAAAUUGGGGAGCCCGGUCUGCCAGGAUGGAGAGAUGCCUCUGAGUUCUUAUCUCUGGCCAAAAGCUCGAGCCAUGGGGUGUGACGUACAACUGGAAACUGUGUCAAGGGCAACUGGGCCCUGCUUCCGGAAUGAGAAAGUUAAACUUGUGUUCAAAGUGGAUGCCAAGGCAACAUAAAAUCAUAAGAAUUCACUACACCUUCUCCUCCCCGGAACUCAGGAUCCAAGUCUAAAGAAUGAGAGUACUGGAUUUGAAUCUCUCCAAAGUCUCUUCCAUCUCAGAAGACCAGACCUGCGGGCUGAGAUUCCAGGCAGAAUUCUGGAAGCCCCCAACCAGAAGAAGGGCCCCCGCACCAAUAUAAAACCGAUGGCUGUAGUGGCAUCUGGCUGCAUGGCAGUCAUCUCAGCAGGCUCAGAACACAGGGCGCCUUGCAGGAUGGUACGGAUGGCAGGAUCUGAGAGAUGGAAUGGAAACAACUGUCAGAGUGGCCAUCCGGAAUCCAAGAGGCCACCUGUGUACCUGAGAAACCGUGUGACCAGGCCUGACUCUAUUCCAGCUAUGACUGACAGUAAGUCAGCAACAGUUUUCGCUUCAUGUCAAGAAAGUGUGAGUUCAACCAUCAGCACGCAACCGUCAAGGUGAUGUGGUCAUUCAUCCAGGGAAGACCUGCUCCCAUCCCCUGCGUGAUACACUCCUGCUUCAGACGUCUCUCAGAAAGCCAGUUCGGCAGAGGCUUUUUAAGACCCCACAAAGUUGUUGACAGACAAAGAUAACCCCGAAAAUGGGGCGAAGGACUUCUGAGAAAUGGCAGCCUCCUCUCCUGGUUUGGGUAGCCAUGAGAUUUCUCCAGCUACGUCACACUUGGCACGUCUGCAUCAUCUUUGGAGGAGCAUUUUAUUUGUCGAAGGACUUUGACAAACCACUUGAGUUGAAGUGUAAGUCCCUGAGGUUAUGCUUCAGUAAGAAAAGACAGACCCUUAACCGCUAUGCCAAAGAACAGAGCAAGAUUUUCAUUUUUCCCAAGAAGAGAGAAAAGAAAAGUAGCAAUCCAGCAAAAGUUUGCAGAGAGAGGCUAGAAAAGAUUUAAAAGAAAACAUCAGCAGUGGUGGAAUGAAUGAGCGGGACUGGGGAGAACACAGACGGCUAAGGGAACAUGUUAAAUCAUCUGCUGAGCAGUGUGCUCUAUCCGCCUCCUGUGAGGUCUCCUCUGUGAAACGUUCAGUAAAGUCUAAAUUUCUCUUUAA